AGAUUCCCAAAAACACAGAACAUCAAACAUGGGCAAGAUCAUCUUCUACGAGGAAAGGAACUUCCAGGGUCGCUCCUAUGAGUGCAGCAGCGACUGCCCUGACAUGUCCUCCUACCUGAGCAGGUGCAACUCCUGCAGGGUGGAGAGCGGCUGCUUCAUGGUCUACGAGCGUCCAAACUACAUGGGGAACCAGCACUUUCUGAGGAGGGGCGAGUACUCUGACUGCAUGGCUUUUGGCAUGAGUGACUCCAUCAGAUCCUGCCGUUUAAUUCCUCCGCACCGGGGCUCCUACAGGAUGAAGCUCUUCGAGAGGGAGAACUUCCAGGGCCAGAGUCACGAGGUGAUGGACGAUUGCGACAACAUCAUGGAGCGCUACCGCAUGAAUGACUGCCAGUCCUGCCACGUGAUGGACGGCCACUGGCUCAUGUAUGAGCAGCCCCACUACAGAGGCAGGAUGGUGUACCUGAGUCCUGGAGAGUACAAGAGCAUGAGGGAUAUGGGAUACAGCGGCAUGAGGAUCAGCUCAGUCAGGCGUAUCACUGAUUCCUGUUGAAGCAGAGCAAAACAUCAUGCUAUUGAAUAAAAUAAAAGACAAGUCAAACACA